CUCCGGUUUCCUCAAAGACCUCCCGCACCGCUGUGGUGCCUUGGAUUAAAUAGAGAUACAGACAAAAACGAAGAGGAAGAAACCUGGUUGUGACUAAGAAGGCCAAGUAUUUGCCUGUUGACAGCUCCGGGGGAAAAGGAAAUGUGCCCUUUUUGUUCCGGCUGCUGUCUCACCAGGACGUCCUCCGGUUCUUGAAUGAAUCCCCCAGAUGUGUGGCAACGGACGGGUCUUCAAAUCCCCGACUUGGCCUUGUGCGUGGAAAUUGAUGUCAUUCCCACCAGCCACCACCGGACACAUCACAGGCGAUUGCAUGGGUACCAGACUGAGAAGCUAUCAUUAGGUUGGCCUUUUUGAGGGGAAGAAAAGUUUCCUCCAAAGGCCAAGGCUGACUCUCCAAUGCUGGUGCUGUUCUCUGAGCGGCUACUGCCACAGUGUGCUGUCAGGCUGGAAGUUCUGUUUCCUACUGUAAGAAGAAUUACCGAAAUGUCUUCUAAGAAAAACAAGAGCAAAGUUAGGAAAGUAAAUGAAAGUGACAAGUCAAACGGGCCGGGAGAUGGUUCCGCUGACUCACCUAACGCUAUCUUGCAUAGCGCCGGGCACGAGGAGGGAGGCAGCAGGAAACCCAUCCACACAUUUACAGUCAUUGAUUUCGUUGAGAAAGCCGACGAUAAGGUUCCCAAAAGAUGCAAGGUAUUUCUUGUCCAGCUAAGCAUUAAUGCAAUGAAGUCUGCAGGCAUGGCCAUCGGAAGGCCAGUCUUAUUGUCGAGCAACACUGGGCAACAAGAGGUGUGUUUGGCCUGGCCUGCAGCAUCUUUCCCCGGAGGUAAAGUUGGCCUACUGAAAGGUUCUCAGAACAGCCUGAGAGUGAAGCCUGGCGAUGAAGUUACCGUUCACCCCCUGACAGGGCCUGUGCUCCAGGCAGCAGAGGUGCUGCUCUCUACCAGACAAAAGGAUGAUUUGCUCAGUACAGAGGAAUUCAGUAACUUCUUUCUCCGGGCAUUUGAUGGAAAGGUUCUUCUCCCCGGAAACCCCCUGUUCCUGACAUACUUUGGGCGAACGUGCAGUCUGCGCGUGGAGCGGGUGACAGGGGUGAACGGCCUUUCCCUGGAGAGACCCCUGCCAAUGUCGCUACUGAAUACUGAAGCGGAGGAGGCCUCCCUGUCAAACUCUGCGCUGGGCUCCUCCUCUGCCCUGGGCCUUACCUCCAUGGACCUGUCCAUGCAGCUUAGCCUCCUGACCAUGGAGGAGCAGACAGGGGACCCGGGGGGACCUGGUCCUACAGCCAGCACCCCCUGCCGGGUCCUUCGUGGCCCCAGUGUCCCCACCACGCCCCAAUGCAAUCCCCUGAGUCACACUGGACCUGAGGAGGGAAGCCUCAGUCUGGAGAUUGGGGAGAGGACUGCCCUCAGCCCUGAGGAGACUGACACCGACCAACGGCUCACCACUCCCCCUGGUGGAACACUGGGCACUGACACUUUCUACUGCAUCUCAACCUCAACUAAGGUGAUGUUCAGAGACAGGCAAAAAGAAGCCCAGGAGGAAGAGGAAACAGCAGCCCAGAGGUCCAAGGUCACAUACAGUAUGAUUGGGGGCCUCAGCAGCCAGUUACAGGUCAUCAGAGAGACCAUCGAACUGCCUCUUAAGCACCCAGAACUGUUCUCCAACUACGGUAUCACACCUCCUAGGGGAGUUUUGCUUUAUGGUCCCCCAGGAACAGGAAAGACUAUGAUUGGACGAGCCAUAGCCCAUGAAGUUGGAGCACACAUGACUGUAAUCAACGGUCCUGAAAUCAUGAGCAAAUUUUACGGUGAAACGGAGGCGAGGCUCAGGCAGAUAUUCUCAGAAGCCUCUCAAAGGCAACCCGCAAUCAUCUUUAUUGAUGAGUUGGACGCUCUGUGUCCCAAACGGGAAGGGGCUCUUAACGAGGUGGAGAAGCGCGUCGUGGCCACUCUCCUCACCCUUAUGGAUGGGAUUGGUUCGGAGGGCCACUCAGGUCAGCUGCUGGUCUUAGGAGCCACCAACCGGCCCCACGCUCUGGAUCCGGCGCUCCGCCGACCGGGACGUUUUGACAAGGAGCUAGAGGUGGGUGUGCCAAGCGCCGCUGAGCGAGCCGACAUCCUACAGAAGCUGCUGGCCUCUGUGCCCUGUAGGGUGACCGCUGAGGAGCUAACCCAGCUAGCGGAUGCGGCUCAUGGCUACGUCGGUGCGGAUUUGACCGCCGUCUGCAAGGAGUCGGGAAUGCAUGCGCUGAGGCGUGCUCUUGGCAGUGGCUCACAGCCGUCAGACCGGCAGUUAACGGGCACUGUGACGGUCACACUACAGGACCUCUUGUGGGCCAUGUCAGAGGUCAAACCAAGUGCCAUGAGGGAAGUUGCCAUCGAUGUCCCCAAGGUUAGAUGGUCGGAUGUGGGAGGCAUGGAGCAGGUGAAGCUGAAGCUGAAGCAGGCGGUGGAGUGGCCACUCAGACACCCGGAGGCCUUCACCCGCAUGGGGAUCCAGCCGCCCAAAGGGGUGCUCCUCUAUGGCCCCCCUGGCUGCUCCAAAACCAUGAUCGCCAAGGCACUGGCCAAUGAGAGCGGACUCAACUUCCUCGCCGUCAAGGGCCCGGAAUUACUGAGUAAAUAUGUAGGGGAGUCUGAACGAGCUGUCCGAGAGGUGUUUAGGAAGGCCAGAGCUGUCGCUCCUUCUAUAGUGUUCUUCGAUGAGAUCGACGCUCUUGCCGGGGAAAGAGGGAGCUCGUCGGGGUCUGGUGGUGUCGGGGAUCGGGUCCUGGCCCAGCUCCUGACAGAGAUGGACGGCAUUGAGCAGUUAAGGGAUGUCACCGUGCUGGCCGCCACCAACCGGCCCGACAUGAUAGAUAAGGCCUUAAUGCGCCCUGGUCGGCUGGACAGGAUUGUGUACGUGCCUCUCCCAGACGGCCCGACCCGACGGGAGAUCUUCACGCUGCAGCUCCGCAGCAUGCCAGUGGACCAGGAAGUGUGCCUGGAUGACCUGGUGACCCGAACGGAAAAGUACUCGGGAGCAGAGAUAACGGCAGUAUGCAGAGAGGCUGCCCUGUUGGCCCUGCAAGAGGACAUCAAAGCACAGUUCAUCAUGGGAAGACACUUUGAAAGCGCCCUGAACGCCGUGAAGCCUCGAGUGCCUGACUCUCUCAUCCAGUCAUAUGUCAACUAUCAACAGCAACGCGGCCUGCGCUUCUUCUGACAUAGCGGUGGAAAUAAAAAUCCAAAGCAAACGUUGCCCAGGACUAUACGAAACUCAAAAUGUUUCUGAGGGACUGCAUAUUGUUUCUAUAAAUGCAGUUAUUCACUGGAGCCUCGAGGGUAUCCAAAUGGACCUUACGUUACUCAGCGGGGGGAACAGUGUAGGCGAGAAUAGCCCAUGUGAUUUAAUCAAUGAAUAGGCUACUGUGUAAUGUGCUCAGUAAAAAAUCGUAGUCGCCCUAAAUAACCAUUCAAAUAUGCAAACGUCCGCAUUGAAAUUGAAUAUUAGGCUAUAAUGUAAUAAAUUGUUAGCGAAAAAAG